AUGGAGGCACAUGCUGGUGCGUCAAUUGUCCAUAAUUGGAACAUCACCAAGGAAGAGUAUGACCAUACAACCCUAGAUUCUUCAGUGACAUUGUACAUUGGUUUGGGCAAUAACCAGCAGCUGGAUCCCACCAUGGAGCCAACACCUGUAACCAAUAAGGUCUUGCAGACCCCACCAUCCUAUGACCGCCAUCUCUCAAAAAUCUUAACCAUCCAUUCUCAUUCUCUAAACUUCCACAUUCAUGGCGAUGAUUUAGAAUCCAAAAGCAUUGUACAGUUUUAA